AUGUCCAAGAAAGCUUCAUGUGUAGUACGCGAGCACAAACUCGUUAUGGUGGGAGGUGGUGGUGUUGGAAAAUCAGCAUUGACGAUACAGUUCAUUCAAUCGCAUUUUGUGGAUGAGUAUGAUCCUACAAUUGAAGAUUCAUAUCGCAAACAGUGUUCAAUUGACUCCGAGACAGCCUUACUUGAUGUGCUUGAUACUGCCGGACAAGAGGAAUACAGUGCAAUGCGUGAACAAUACAUGCGCAACGGUGAAGGAUUUCUGUUAGUGUAUUCAAUUACAUCCCGCAUGUCUUUUGAGGAAAUUACCACGUUCCACCAGCAGAUUUGCAGGGUUAAAGACCGAGACUACUUCCCGAUGGUGCUGGUAGCCAAUAAAUGUGACCUUGAAGGCGAUCGACAGGUGUCCACCAAAGAAGGCCAGGAUCUGGCCAAGUCUUUUGGGUCCCGAUUCAUCGAGACAUCGGCAAAACAGCGGAUUAAUGUCGACGAAGCAUUCUUUGAAGUAGUACGUGAUAUCCGACGGUUCAACCAGGAGCAAGCGUCACGCAGAGCAGGAAACAGCGGUGUGUCAGGAGGAGGAGUAGGAGUAGGAGGAGGAACAUCAAAGGACCAAAUUACUGCACAGAAACCUGCUAAACAAUCCGGCGACAAGUGCUGCAUUUUGAUGUAG